AGAAAAGAUAUGGGAGGAGAUCAAAAGGGAAUAAAUGUGGGGGGAAGCUUGGCAGUUCCGCUAUAAUCUACUACUACCGCCCCCAUGGAGGCCGGGGGGCAGUUUUCUCUCUCGCUCGCUCUCGUCUCGUCUCCUCCAAAAGCUCGUAUUUUUAGCUCUCCCUAGCUCUCUCUCUCUCUCUCUCACGACCAAGCUCUCGCCAUGGCCAAAAGCACAUGCAAGCUAUGCUCCCGCCGCUUCGCCAGCCCCCGCGCCCUCGCCGGCCACAUGCGCGCCCACUCCAUGGCCUCCGCAAAGUCGCAGAUCUCAUCGGCCUCGUCGGCUUCGACAUCCAUCACGGCUAGCGGCAUCGACGCCGACAAGAAGCGCGGCCCCGUCCGGGGGCACGCGCUGCGGGAGAAUCCCAAGCGCCGCGGCCGCCUCGACGACUCGGAUCGCGAGAGCGAGACGACGGACUACUACUCUCCGUCGCCGGACGCCAAGCGCUCGCACGCCGGAUCGGGGGACGCGGAGCCGGUGAGCUCGGUCUCCGACGCGGCCACGCCGGAGGAGGACGUCGCGCUGUCCCUGAUGAUGCUGUCCCGCGACUCCUGGCCCGCGCCGCCGCCGUACUCGUACCGCCUCGACUCGGACGACGACGACGAGAGCGACGCCCGCCCGGCGGUGGUCGCCGCGACAGCGCAGAAGCGGACGCGGUACGAGUGCCCCGCCUGCAAGAAGGUCUUCCGAUCCUACCAGGCCCUGGGGGGUCACCGGGCCAGCAACGUGCGCGGUGGCAGGGGCGGCUGCUGCGCGCCCCCUCUCAGCACUCCGCCCCCCGCCCCGCUGCAGCCAUUGCCAGAAUGCGAGGGCAGCGAGGAGGACUCCAAGGCGCAGCCGCACGAGUGCCCCUACUGCUUCCGCGUGUUCCCGUCCGGGCAAGCUCUUGGCGGCCACAAGCGGUCUCACCUCUGCUCGGCAGCGGCAGCGGCGGCGGCCGCCGCCCCCGUCACAUCAGGCGCUGAUCCGUCGAUCACAAUGAGGAGCCUGGGUUUCAUUGAUCUGAACCUCCCCGCGCCCUUCGACGACGUGGAGGUCUCCGCCAUGUCUGACCCCUUCCUCUCGUCCAAGCCAGCAGGUUCUUGAAAGCUAGCAGAGCAGGCAAGCCGGCCGCUUUACCUCGCUCGCGAUAUGGCUGGUUCCAGUGGCGACGAUUCGAGGUAAGGAUCAGAGACGGAGAGAAAGACCUGCUGAUUAACGAAGCAGUAAGGAAGGCAUAGAAUAGCCUAUAUAUGAUUAAAAAAAAGAACUGGAGACGUCUUUGCUUGGGUUGGGUGGUUCAUUUUUCUUAGUAUAUGUGUUUGUUUGCAUUGAUUCAGUCAGCUACAAUAUCUCUCUAGUCCUCCA